AAGAGAAAAAAAGUUUCCUGGCAGCAAAAAAAAAACUCUGAACGAAACGAUCAUCCAAUUAAAGCUUUCUGGAAUCUCUUCGCACGGCAAAAAGUCAGUAAAAGCAGCAAAUUUCCCACGCCCUAAAGUAACUUGAUUAAAACGAUUGCCUUAUCGUGUGCUGUGCCACUUUCGUUUUGCUUCCGCCUGCGGAUCCGGUGUGUUUAAACCAAUUUUCCUGUGUUUCUGUGCGCGGAAGCUACCGUAAAAGCAUUCACCAUAGGGCUAUCGGAGACAGCCGUGAUGGAUAUAAUGGCCUCGAACCUGCAGCAGCAACGAGCAAUUACGGAGCAGCUCCGGCGUGAAGCUGCCAUCCAGCGCAUAACGGUUUCGCAAGCUGUAGCGGACAUCGUGAAGUAUGUGACGGAACACCAAGCUGAGGAUUGCCUGCUGGUGGGAUUCUCCAGCCAGAAGGUAAACCCGUUCCGCGAGAAGAGCUCCUGCAGUAUCCUGUAAGCUGGUGCAGAUAUCUCGCGUCCCCACACCAUGGCCUUGCACCGAAGGAAGAACUAUUUGCACUUGGAAUUCUUAUGCGGAAAAAUGGGGAGAGAUAGGAGGAACCGCUCUCGGAAGGCCCAAUGACGUCAUCGGUGGGGGUGGUGCAGGGAGCAAGCUCAAAAUCACAGUACCGCAAAGUUAAUUGAUGUGUUAAGUGUCUAUUUGGAAAUGGAGUCAGCACCCUGGCAAACUAACACGUACCAUCCUAUACCGCCUAUAAAAUGCCAAACGUAUCGAAAUUGCCUGUCGUGAAGUAGGGAUGCAACAGUUUGUUGUUUCCGCGUGUGUCACACUGGUCACACUUCUCCACAUCUGUCGCUUUUGAACGCAACGCAAAGUAUGCAAUAGACUUACAAAUUCCUCAACCAUGCCGCCAAAGCUGUGGUAGUAGCGAUUACAACCUCUCCUAUAUUAACUCAAACCGCGAUCAGAUCAUUAAUACCAAAUCGAACAUACCGCCACAACCGGAACCGUAGCGGGUAUUCUCGUACGGGUGAAUCCCACGUAGGAAUGCCAACGUGUUUUUAUAGAAGUUUUACCACAGCACCCACACAAUCCGGUGUCACUAAGGCCCGGGCAUCUAUUGAAUCUUACGACAGACUGGAGUUUUCUCGAACGCUUCCAUUCGUUUUUUAACCUACACGUAUACUGAAGGAUAAACGAGAAUGAAAGCUGGUUUCGCAUUUUCACAUAAUUUUGAAAGGAGAAUCUCAUGCAAACUCACAAAAUUGAAUACCAAAUAUUUAGAAACACAAACAAGAAAAGAAUUCACAAUACUUACAAGGGUAAAGAAACACAGGACAAAUAAGGUAACCACUGCUCUCGUUCAAGGUGUAGUAGCCAAUUAGACUUUAUAUAGCUGCUGACUGUCGUCGGUGUUGUACAAGUAUAUUAGGAAAACAAAGCGCAAAGGAAAAAAAGCAAAUCUUAUAUCAAUGUUACUACUAUAUUAUAUUUACCACUACCGAAUUACACCCAACUGUCACCGUUGGUUCACUCGAUGCAUUCGUCUAUCGAGCGGAAUAUUAGCCGGUGGCCGGAGGUUUUACGACCGGUUCCUAUGUACGGCUAGCCGAAUCUCCGACCAGGAGAUCCGGAAAUGCGAUUCAUCGACUGCGAGCGGGUGGAAAUAAUGGAUAACGUGUAACUAAUAAACAGUGGACUAUUUAAAUGUAUCGUGUAAACGGGAA